GUGUGUGUGUGUGUGUGUAUGCUCUGAAGCUGUUUAGUUUUCACUAAGAGAGACGGAGAAAAGACGCGUGCAAAGGAUGAAGAACUGGACUGGACCAAAGAUGGAAGUCCAUGGAGGCAACUUAAGCAAACCUGAUCAGGAUCAUGAAUAACUGUUUUCCCCGCGAGGCUCCACCGAUUGUUCCUCCUCCCUCCCUCACUCCCUCCCUUUCCUCUCUCUCCUCCGUCCUCUCUCUCCCCUCCCCUUGUUGUGACAGAGCACACCUGCUUGAUCUCCACGCCGAUCGGCGCUCCCGAGUCCAAUUAUCCCAAAAGGCCCGAGGAGCCGCUCACUCGCCGCCUCGACUGGAUUUUUGGGAGUCCCCCCCCACACCCCCGCAUUACUCAAAGCUCCUUCGCCUUGCUUCUCCUGGGAACAGGCUCCCCUGCUAGCAGCACCAUGAGGUCGGCCUGUCUCUCUCUGCUCCUGGUCACCGCCUGCUGGGCACUGCCCUUCCGCCAGUCCGGCUUCCUGGACUUCAUGAUGGAGGACGAACCAGGGUCGGCUCUGCCCGACGAGAAGAACACCUUUGAGGUGCCCGUCAUGCCUGAAGGACCCAAGUGUCCCUUCCGGUGCCAGUGCCACCUGCGUGUGGUCCAGUGUUCUGACCUCGGUCUGAAGGAGGUUCCCAAGGAUAUCCCCGAUGACACCACACUCCUAGAUCUGCAGAACAACAAGAUCAGCGAGAUCAAGGAGGAUGACUUCAAGAACCUCAAGGGACUGCAUGCUCUGAUCCUGGUCAACAACAAGAUCAGCAACAUCCACGCCAAGGCCCUGAGCCCUCUGACCAAACUACAGCGCCUAUACCUGUCCAAGAACCUGCUGAAGGAGAUGCCAGCUAAUAUGCCCAAGAGCCUUCAAGAGCUGCGCAUCCACGAGAACGAGAUCACCAAGAUCAAGAAAUCCUCCUUCCAGGGAAUGGCCCACGUCAUCGUCAUGGAGCUCGGCUCAAACCCCCUGAAGAGCGCAGGAAUCGAUGCCGGAGCUUUCGCCGACCUGAAAAGAGUCUCCUACAUUCGUAUUGCAGAUACUAGGAUCACAGAGAUCCCACAAGGUCUCCCCAGCUCACUUUCUGAGCUCCACUUGGACGGGAACAAGAUCUCCAAGGUCACCGCUGAGAACCUGAAGGGCCUCAAGCACCUGGCUAAGCUGGGUUUGAGCCACAAUGAGAUCAGCUCGGUGGAAAACGGCACCCUGGUCAACGUCCCCCACCUGCGAGAACUUCACCUGGACAACAACGCUCUGACCAGCGUUCCCGCCGGCAUGCCUGACCACAAGUACAUUCAGGUGGUCUACCUCCACGCCAACAAGAUCAGUGCGGUGGGAACAGAAGACUUCUGCCCCCCGGGCUUCAACACCAAGAAGGCCAUGUACUCGGGCAUCAGCCUGUUCAGCAACCCGGUGCCUUACUGGGAAGUCCAGCCCAUCACCUUCCGCUGCGUCUUCGAUCGCUCUGCCAUCCAGCUGGGCAACUACAGGAAGAAGUAGAGCGAGCGCUUCCUCUCCUGUGACGCCCCCCCUCACACCUCCCAUCACCCCCAAUCAUUGAGGAAGUGUGCCUUUGUAAAUGAGCGCGUGAAAGUGUGCGUGUUUGACCGCCAUCACCCCCACCCCCUUUCUCAUAGUGGACAUGGACCUCAAGCACAUUUUUUUUUGUUGUUUUUUUUUUGUUGUUUUUUUUUUACAAGAACACCGUUAUUUAGCUUGGCUUGGUUGCUAGCAAACACGGCUUACAGGUAUCGCACACAUGCGUAAAGCCGUAAUAUAUUCUCACAUUCAUACUGUAGCGUAGUUAAGCACGGAAACAUUCCACUGUCUUUUUUUUUUUUUUUUUUUUUUUUUGGACCAAUUGCAGACGAGGCCUGUGGAGCAGGCAGCCAACCUGUACCGAGCAUCCAGAAUGUGGACCAAAUAGUCUGAUUGUGACCGAUUAUGAAAGCGACCGUGACUCCAAAAUUUAGAAUAAACCAUAUAUGAUUCAAACACAAGUCACUCCUAAAGAGUUAUAUGCAUGUUUGCUGCUUUAUUGUAACGUCUCAUUGUUUUUCCUUGCUACGCUUUUGUGUUUUAACGAGAAAGGGUGCCUGCUACGCCCUAUACGUCGGUGUGAAUGUUGUAUGUAUAGACACUGUAUAUAAAUGCUGUAUAAAAACCAUCAUUGCUUAAAAAAAAAAAAGGCACAAGCACUUAUCGUAGUUCAAACUUUUAUGAAUAUAUCAACGACAAAAGGCAGGGAUUCCUGCUCCUGAAAGAAUAAAAACACUAAUGGAA